AUGAUGCCGAUCGGUGAGGGUAUACCGAAUCGAUCCAACCGUAGAUCUUUAAGAUCCAACCGUACAUCUUUAAGUUAUGGUUCCAGUCAACUCUUCAACUUCCCUCCAAUCUUCUUCCAAAAAUACCAUCGGUUUCCAUAUUACAAUUUAUUUCUUCAACGGAUCUAUAUAUAUAGAUUGUUUUACAUUCCUCACAUUGUCCAUCUACAUCUACUUUUUAUUCAAUCCAUAUCUGAGGUUUACAUAUCGCUCUACAAACAUAUUAUUGCUAUGGCUGAAGGUUCAUCAAGUCUACCAUGGUUCUUAAGGCUAAUGAAUGUAGCAGAUACAGUUAUUUUGUGCAUUCCAGAUGAUGCUGUUUGCAAACUAUGGGGUGUUUAUAAAGGUCCUACCAAUGUUAUGAUACACACUGAAGAUGGCCGAGAGUUUAAUGUUUGUUUAAGCGGUGCUAAAGGAAAGUUAUUCCUCUUCCAUGGUUGGUCCAAUGUUGUAGAACAUUUGAGUCUAACGAAAGGUUGUUUGGUAGUAUUUAAUCCCAUUUCGUCUACUACUUUUAAAUUAACAUCUUACGUUGAUGGCGUUAGUCGUGGCUCUUUUUGGACGUAUUUGCUACCUCCAUCAUCGCAUUUUUAUGUCAUUCCUGAAAGCAUCCUGCCAAAAGUUUAUCAAUAUUCAUCAAAUGAUGUAAUAUCUACUGUAAUGUUGGGUAACAAAAUUUUUAAUGUUGCCAUUGAAACAUCUGACGGUAAAGUUGGAUUUACCGUUGGUUUUGACGUAAUGGUCAGUAUGUUACAUCUGAAGGUUGAUUGUAUUUUGUUAUUUACAAAAGGUUUUGGCAAUUUUUUCCUUUUAAAAGUUUUUGGAGAAAACGGACUUGAAGUCGAUUUUUCUGAUCUAGACAUCGAAGUGCCUGAAGUUGCACCUAUCGAUGCUGAAAAUGAAGGUGAAGUACAAAUACAUGGUUCUGUUCGUCGUUUUAGACGUAUGGCUGGUGAACGUUAUUUUAGGAUUCCGGAUCCUGUUUCACGGAUGGCUAGACUUCAUGAAGGUUUAAAAGAUAUCACUGUUAGGCUUAUGCAUCUCGAUCCACCUAAGCAAUUUACCAACGGUACAAGACGGGAAAAAAAAACAGGAGGAGGUUGGCGAUACGCGCUGACCGGUUGGAAGAAGUUCAUGAAAGCUGCUAGAAUUAACGUCCUUGACACGGUUCACUAUUCUUUUGAUGAGAAUGAGCAGGUGUUGAGUGUUGAACGAGUUGAACCUUACGAUAGCCGUACUAAUUAGUUAAAUCACAUUGAUGGAAAUUUUUUUGCCUUUCAUAUGUUAGAUUUUAACUCUAUAUAUUGUAUUUUUUGG